UUGCCCAGGUCUGCCCUGCUCGUCCAGCUGGCCACGGCUAGGCCUCGACCCAUCAAGGCCAGGCCCCUGGACUGGAGGGUGCAGUCCAAGGACUGGCCCCACGCCGGCCGCCCGGCCCAUGAGCUGCGCUACAGCAUCUACAGAGACCUGUGGGAGCGAGGCUUCUUCCUCAGCGCGGCUGGCAAGUUCGGGGGCGACUUCCUGGUCUAUCCUGGUGACCCGCUCCGCUUCCAUGCCCACUACAUCGCCCAGUGCUGGGCUCCUGGGGACCCCAUCCCACUCCAGGACCUGGUGUCUGCCGGCCGCCUGGGAACCAGCGUCAGAAAGACGCUGCUCCUCUGUUCUCCGCAGCCUGAUGGUAAGGUGGUCUACACCUCCCUGCAGUGGGCCAGCCUGCAGUGAACUCCAGAGACUUACAGGGCGUGGCUGUGUCUGGGGCGAGAGCCUUUCUACAUGGUCCCAAGUUCAUCUCUGUGUGGGAGACUAGAACACCUUCCUACCUCUGCCUACGGCUAGUUUUUGAUUCCAGAUUUAUAAACACUACAUCCUCCUUGUGUCCCUCCAUGUUUCAAAGCACUUACUGGCUGUGUUGUUUUUGUAGUUACUUAUUUCCAAACUGUGAGCUUCUUGAGAGUGAAGACUCGGUUUGAUUCAUCUCUGUUUUCUACAGGGCUCAGGUCCCAAGAGAUCUCAAUAAACUUGUUGAAUAAA